AUGAUGGACGGCCGCCUCCUGGAGCACCCGCAUGCCCAGUUCGGGGGCUCGCUGGGCGGCGUGGUGGGCUUCCCCUACCCGCUGGGCCACCACCACGUGUACGAGCUGGCUGGCCACCAGCUGCAGUCGGCCGCCGCCGCCGCCGCCGCCGCCUCGGUGCCCUUCUCCAUCGACGGCCUGCUCAGCGGCUCUUGCGCCGCCGCCGCCGCCUCGGUGGUCAACCCUACGCCGCUGCUGCCGGCCGCCUGCGGGGUGGGAGGCGACAGCCAGCCCUUCAAGCUGUCAGACUCGGGGGACCCCGACAAGGAGAGCCCCGGCUGUAAGCGGCGGCGCACCCGCACCAACUUCACCGGCUGGCAGCUGGAAGAGCUGGAGAAGGCUUUCAACGAGAGCCACUAUCCCGACGUGUUCAUGCGCGAGGCGCUGGCGCUGCGCCUGGAUCUGGUCGAAUCCCGCGUGCAGGUCUGGUUCCAAAACCGCCGGGCCAAGUGGAGGAAGAAGGAGAACACGAAGAAGGGCCCGGGGCGGCCGGCUCACAACUCACACCCGACCACGUGCAGUGGUGAGCCAAUGGACCCAGAGGAGAUCGCGCGCAAAGAAUUGGAGAAGAUGGAGAAAAAGAAGCGCAAGCAUGAGAAGAAGCUGCUGAAGAGCCAGAGCCGCCACCUGCACUCGCCGGGCGGCUUGUCCCUGCACAGCGCACCCAGCUCCGACAGCGACAGCGGCGGCGGCGGCCUGUCCCCGGAGCCGCCCGAGCCGCCGCCGCCGGCCGCCGCGGCCAAGGGCCCUAGCGCGCACGCCCCUGGCGCCGCAGGUUCCGCGCCCGCACCGCCGGGCGAACCGCCCGCGCCCGGCACCUGCGACCCCGCCUUUUACCCGAGCCAAAGAAGUGGCGCCGGCCCGCAGCUACGGCUAGGCCGCCCCGCGGACAAGGAUGCGGCCCCGUGUGCGCCCGGGGCGGCGGUGGAACGUGGCGCCGCCGGCCUGCCGAAGGCCAGCCCGUUCAGCGUGGAGAGCCUGCUGUCCGACUCGCCGCCGCGCCGGAAAGCCGCCCCCGCCAACGCCGCGGCAGCCGCCGCCGCUGCAGCGGCCGCGGGGCUGGACUUCGCGCCCGGGCUGCCGUGCACGCCGCGGACCCUCAUUGGCAAAGGCCACUUCCUGCUCUACCCCAUCACGCAGCCGCUCGGCUUCCUGGUGCCGCAGGCCGCGCUCAAGGGCGCAGCGGGUCCGGAGCCCGCGCCGAAGGACGCGCCGCCCGCACCCGCCGCGCCGCCGGCGCCGCCCGCUCAGGCCAGCUUCGGGGCCUUCUCGGGGCCCGGCGGUACUCCGGACUCGGCCUUCGCGCGCCGCAGCCCCGACGCCGUCGCUUCCCCGGGGGCCCCCGCCCCGGCGCCCUUCCGGGAGGCGGCCCUGGCUGCGGCCGAGGGCGGCGGCGGGGACUGCGCGGGUUCGGGGGCCGCCUGCCCAGCGGCCGCACUGCCGCCCCCUCUCGCGCCGUCGCCCGGGCCGGGCCCGCGGGCUCCCAGCCCCGCUGGGGAGCCGGCUUUGUGCGGGGCCCCAGAGCCAGGCGCCGAGCGCGGACCCAGCGCGCCGGAUGGCGAGGAGGUGGACAUGGACUGAGGGGCGGCGGGGCCGAGAGAGGCGCUCAGCCGUCCCGCGCCCGCUCGCUCAGGCUCGACUCACACAACGAAAUCAGGUGAUGGGCUUAGAAACACUGCUUUCUCCUUUUUCUUCUGCUUUCUUCCUUUUAUUAUUAUUAUUUUUUAAAGAAAACCGCUGUAUCAAUUCGGACCUAGGCAGCAACCGCAAGAUUUGGGGUGAGACCCUCCUCCUCUCGGGGGAGCAAAAAACAAAAACCCCAUAUCCCCCACAAAAACCCACAACAAGAAUCCUCAGCCUUGUAAAAUGCAAAAAUGUCUAAGAAUAUUUAUAUAUGUACCAUUUUUGAUAAAUAAAGCUGG